CCCGGCCUGGCCCCUCCUUCUGUGCCCUUGCAGGUCGCGGACGAGGUGGCGAAGGUGCAGAUGGCGCUGAGCAAUAUCGCCGGCAAGAGGGAAAGGAUCAAAAUCUUGUUUAAGAAAAUUGAAGAUGUAAUAAAAUACCUUGAUCCUCAGUACAUUGAUAGACUGGCUGUUCCAGAUGCCAUGAAGUUGCAGUUCAUCUUGGCAGAGCAGCAGGCUAUUCCUCUUCGAGCAGACCUUCUGGAGCAGGUGAAAAACCUCCAGCCCAUCUUGGACAGUGCCAGUAUCCAAGCGGUUCCUGACCAUGCAGCCAAACUGCAGCGGCUCUCUCAAAUCCACAUACAGCAGCAGAAACAGCGUAAAGGUCUCACUGACAGCGUCAAGACGCUUCUCGAGGACUACAACAAAACGACCCUGCUUCUCUCCAAGCAGUUUGUCCAGUGGAAUGAGAUACUGACGCAGCUGGAAACAGCCAGGGAAGUGAAACCAGCAGUGGAGUGAUGGUGGAGCCAGGAG